AUGUGCUACCUUUUCCCUUGCACACAACACGGCUGUGUGAUGGAGUUUGGAGCUGAGGAAACUUUGGGUUUGUUGCCAGGACGGUUCGCAGCACUUUGUGGAAAGCAAGAGCUAACAGUGAGACCGACAGAGAUGUCUUCCAAGCGACCAGCCUCUCCGUAUGGGGAAGCAGAUGGAGAGGUAGCCAUGGUGACAAGCAGACAGAAAGUGGGAGAAGAGGAGAGUGACGGGCUCCCAGCCUUUCACCUUCCCUUGCAUGUGAGUUUUCCCAACAAGCCUCACUCUGAGGAAUUUCAGCCAGUUUCUCUGCUGACGCAAGAGAACUGUGGCCAUAGGACUCCCACUUCUCAGCACAACACAAUGGAAGUUGAUGGCAAUAAAGUGAUGUCUUCAUUUGCCCCGCACAACUCAUCUACCUCACCCUUGAAGGCAGAAGAAGGUGGGCGUCAGAGUGGAGAAUCAUUGUCCAGCACAGCCCUGGGAACCCCUGAAAGGCGCAAAGGGAGCCUAGCGGAUGUUGUAGACACCCUUAAGCAAAGAAAAAUGGAAGAGCUCAUCAAAAAUGAGCCAGAAGAAACUCCCAGUAUUGAAAAGCUACUAUCAAAGGACUGGAAAGACAAGCUUCUUGCCAUGGGAUCAGGGAACUUUGGAGAAAUAAAAGGGACUCCAGAAAGCCUUGCUGAGAAGGAAAGGCAGCUCAUGGGUAUGAUCAAUCAGCUGACCAGUUUGCGAGAACAGCUGCUAGCAGCUCAUGAUGAACAGAAGAAACUGGCUGCAUCACAGAUCGAGAAGCAACGCCAACAAAUGGAGCUGGCUAAGCAGCAACAAGAACAGAUUGCAAGACAACAGCAGCAGCUCCUGCAGCAGCAACACAAAAUUAACCUUCUUCAGCAACAGAUCCAGCAGGUCCAGGGUCAGCUGCCUCCAUUAAUGAUUCCCGUAUUCCCUCCAGACCAACGAACCCUAGCAGCAGCUGCACAACAAGGAUUCCUUCUUCCUCCUGGUUUCAGCUACAAAGCGGGAUGCAGAUCAAACCCUGACACUAAAGCAAGAUUUUUUUUCUCACUUAAAAGAAAGCACGGUAGGCAAGGGAGUGCCUUUUCUGAUCGGCGUGAGGCUCAGUUUACUAACAGUGAACAGAGUUUGGUUAACUUCAUAUUCUGGACAAGCUUGGCAGCUGCUGCCGCAGCAACACCGGGCUUAGGCCCACUCCAACUGCAGCAGUUGUAUGCUGCCCAACUUGCUGCGAUGCAAGUGUCUCCAGGAGGCAAGAUCCCUGGCAUACCCCAGGGUAACCUUGGUGCUGCUGUAUCCCCUACCAGCAUCCACACAGACAAGAGCACAAACAGCCCUCCACCCAAAAGCAAGGAUGAAGUGGCCCAGCCUCUGAACCUUUCAGCCAAACCCAAGACAUCUGAUGGCAAGUCUCCCACAUCACCCACCUCUCCUCAUAUGCCAACUCUGAGAAUAAACAGUGGGGCCAGUUCACUAAAAUCCUCCGUGCCAGCAACAUUAACUAGUCCUUCAGCCAGAGCUAACACAAUAGGUUAUUUAAAUGACCACGAUGCUGUUACCAAGGCAAUCCAGGAGGCCCGACAGAUGAAGGAACAACUUCGGAGGGAACAACAGGUGCUGGAUGGGAAAGUGGCCGUUGUGAAUAGCCUGGGUCUCAAUAACUGCAGGACAGAAAAGGACAAAACAACACUGGAGACCCUGACUCAACAACUGGCAGUAAAACAGAGUGAAGACGGGAAGUUUAGCCACACAAUGAUGGAUUUCAACAUGAGUGGAGAUUCUGACGGAAGCGCAGGAGUUUCAGAGUCUAGAAUUUAUCGGGAAUCCAGAGGACGUGGCAGCAAUGAGCCCCAUAUCAAACGUCCAAUGAAUGCAUUCAUGGUGUGGGCUAAAGAUGAACGGAGGAAGAUCCUUCAAGCCUUCCCUGACAUGCACAACUCCAAUAUCAGCAAGAUACUAGGAUCUCGCUGGAAAGCUAUGACAAACCUAGAGAAGCAGCCAUACUAUGAGGAGCAGGCCCGACUCAGCAAACAGCACCUGGAGAAAUACCCAGACUACAAAUACAAGCCCAGGCCGAAGCGUACUUGCCUCGUAGAUGGCAAAAAGUUACGCAUUGGCGAGUACAAGGCCAUCAUGCGCAACAGACGCCAGGAGAUGAGGCAGUAUUUUAAUGUUGGGCAACAAGCACAGAUUCCCAUUGCCACCGCAGGUGUAGUUUACCCAGGAGCCAUUGCCAUGGCAGGAAUCCCUUCCCCACAUCUGCCCUCCGAGCACUCGAGCGUGUCCAGCAGCCCGGAGCCCGGGAUGCCCGUCAUCCAGAGCACUUACGGCAUCAAAGGUGAGGAGCCUCACAUCAAGGAAGAGAUGCAGACCGAGGACGUCAAUGGAGAAAUCUACGAUGAAUACGAUGAGGAAGAGGAUGACCCUGAUGCGGACUAUGGCAGUGACAGUGAAAACCACAUUGCGGGGCAAGCCAACUGA